AUGGGAAGACCAUUGUGUAUUGCGAAUUGCUUUGAUUUUUUUGCCAAGACAGCUGCGGUUAUUCCUGUUGAGACGCUGGCUCGGCUGAAAGCCACGGUCUUGAUAGCAAAUUUUGAAGAUAUAAAUGAUGUGAGUCGCGAGGUGUCACGAAAAAUAACACAUCCAUGGUACGGCAAAACAGUAGCAGCAUGA